GCGGAGAAGCCAAAGGUCAGAGGUUGUGGAGCCGUCAUGGCGGCGCUGUGCCGGACCCGUGCCGUGACUGCCGACAGUCAUUUUCUGCGAGUGCUUCUCUUCUUUCGGCCCUGUCGAGACGCAGGCACUGAAAGUGGCUCCGGAAGCGAGAGUUCUGAUUCCACGGAGCCUAGGCCGCGCCUAGGCGGCUUCGCGAACUCUUUGAAGCGGCACUCAGAACUGCAGCGGAAGGCGGAGCUCGGGCGGAUGAGAGGCUCUCCAAAAGAUGUGGAAUCCUUCGCUUCUAUGCUGAGACAUUCUCCUCUUACACAGAUGGGACCUGCCAAGGAUAAACUAGUCAUUGGACGAAUCUUUCAUAUUGUGGAGAAUGAUCUUUAUAUAGAUUUUGGUGGCAAGUUUCCUUGUGUAUGUAAAAGACCGGAAGUGGAUGGAGAGAAAUACCAGAAAGGAACCAGAGUCCGACUGCGGCUGUUAGAUCUUGAACUUACAUCUAGGUUCUUGGGAGCGACAACAGAUACAACUAUCCUAGAGGCUGACGCAAUUCUGUUAGGAAUCCAGGAGAGUAAAGACUCAAAAUCAAAAGAAGAACGUCGUGAAAAAUAAAUGAACUUUGCUUAGUGUAUUCACUCCUUUUUUGUUGAACCCAGGUAUUCAUCACGAAUGCCAUUAGACAAUUGUGAAUAAAUGAUUGGAGAAGACAUAGUAAAUGCAAGCUAUAAUUAUAGCUCUUAUUUGUCAGAAUUUUCUUUAGGUGUAUCUCUCCUCCCCCUGUUUUUAUACCCAUUCUUUCCUUUGAUUGGAAUAGUGUAAACUGUACUUAGAUACUCUGUCAUUCAAUAAAUAUGUUUUGAGUGCACU